GAGAUUCUGCCUGUGUUGUGUAAUUCUGGCUUCAUAUCUGCUAAUCUUCUUUGACACUGCUGUUGUUUGCUGCUUUAUUAUUUCCAGGACUUCUCUAAUUUUCCUUGAAUCUAGGUGGUAUAUUUGGAUCAGAUACUGUUUGGUGUUUUCAUUCUUCAGCUUCUUGUCUUUCAUAUCUUUCAAUUUACUAGCAUCUGAUCUAAGCCUGGAGAUUUUAUUUUCUAAUCUAAUCUUCCGUUUUGGUGAUGUACGACUUUCUUUUUUGACAGGUCCACUGAUCUUAUUUCCAAGCUCUUGUGUUGUUAUUGUUGCUGCACUGUACAUUAGUUGGUUUGUUUCUUACAAAUUAUUGGUUGUUAUUUCUGCAAGUGCAGCAUUGACAUCUUUUAAUGCCUGAGCGAGUUGUUUUUUGGCAACUGUUUUUAGCGCUGGAAGUCGAACCCUGGUGGUUGUUUGGUUCAUGUGCUCAGUUAUUUUUUGCUUUAGUUCUUGUUGCUUUUCUGUUAAACGGCAUUUGGGUUUUUGAGGUGAAGGCAAAGGGGAGGUUGCCUGGUUUUGAUUUUGAAACAGUUCAGCAACAGUGGCGUCCUCUGUUUCCAACACCUCCUCCACCUGUGCAACUUCUUCAGUUGGUGGUAAUUCUUCUUCCAUGUCUUGAGCCUGUGUUGCUCUUUGCAGUUCUUCCAGCUCAACUGCUGUGAAUACUUUAUUUCUUAUUAUGAAUCUUCUCUGGUCUGCUAGCCUUUGUUCUGUUAUUUCUGUAUCGGGAUGCUUCUCUUUCCAAAUUUGGUUCAUUCUUUUUAAAUAACCUCUUCUAGUUGGACUAGACUUGUAAUAGCAGAUCAUUAUUUCCUUGUUGGUGUUUUUCAUAUAUUUUUUCUGGUUAAGCGACGUUUCUUCCAGUAACCUUGCAGUCUCCAGCCCUGGUUGCUCAACUGAAGAUCCUGAGUACUGUUGCCCACUUGCCACCAGAUGUCCAGGGACUACAGCACCUGGCGCAGUCCUUGUUGACCCGGGCGACAACCGAUCCGACUCAGCAAUGUAUCUUCUCCAAAUGUUCAAUGCCCUGAUGCUGGGAACAUCACUGGCAUUGGCAUCCGUUGCUGUUCCGAGUGAACAUGGACCAAACACCUGCACAGUGAUGGCAUGUGGCAACCCAGGACUCAAUGGCUUACCAGGCAGAGAUGGAAGAGAUGGCAUCAAAGGAGAGAAGGGAGACUCAGGAGCCAUACUGAGAGGCCAACAGGGUUUCCCUGGGAAGGCUGGGCCUCCAGGUGCCCAUGGAGCUCAAGGAGCUCAAGGCACCCCAGGUCAAAAAGGACAAAAGGGAGAAAGCACAGCUGUUGAUGCUGUUCAAAGACAAGUAACUGCUUUGGAAAGGAACAUCCAGACUCUCCAAGCGGACCUCAGAAAAAUAAAAAACGUUCUGUCACUGCAGGGGGCGUUGAGAGUUGGGGGGAAAACCUUUGUUUCAACUGGCUGGCAAGAAACGUUCUCAGCUGGGAGAGACCUGUGUGCAAAAGAAGGUGCAGCACUUGCCAGCCCAAGGAAUGCAGCUGAGAAUACAGCCUUGCAAGAAAUUGUGAAGAAGAAUUCCAAGUAUGCUUUUCUUGAUAUCAACGAUAUUCAGUCAGAGGGCACCUUUGUCUACUUGAACGGUGCUCGUGUAAGUUACACAAACUGGAAAUCUGGAGAGCCAAAUAACCAUAAUAAUAAUGAAGACUGUGUUGUCGUACAUGAAAAUGCAUUAUGGAAUGACCUAAAUUGUGAACAUAAAUCACUGAUCAUUUGUGAAGUUUAGCCCAUUUGCAAAGUUCCCUAACGUUUGGGGGCUUGUAUGACUAUUCAAAAAGUAGAGGAGAGGGAAUUUGUAUUUUUCAGCAUUUCCUGCCCCUCCAAUUUCCCUAACUCUGCCUUUUUAAAAAGGGAGGGGGAGGAGGGGGAGGAGGAAAAGCCUCAGUGGUGGCUGGUAGGGGUGUGCACAGAACUGGCUGGUUUUUUAUUUUUUAUUUUUAACUUGUGAGCCCCCGGGAGAGCAUGGAUUCAGUCCGAUCCUGGACGGAACAGGAGAUGGUUUGGCUCAACCCUGAAAAGUCAAACUGAACCUAUUCAACGUUGAACAUGUUCAUUGUCGAACCUGUUUGCACAUCCCUAGUGGCUGGUGCAGAAGGUUUUGAGAGCAGCUGUGGGUUUGGGUGAUGUGAGGUGGCUGGAGGUGAUGGCAGAUCUGUGGAGGCAGCCAAUUCACCACCUCUGCCUAUCCACUUCUCUAGGUGACCACCUCGCCUCAUUACUGGGUUGCCCCUUGGUUGCUUUUUACAUUAUGGAAACAUCAAGGGCAUGCUUGUACAUGACAAUGCCUACAAUGCUUUGUCAAUAGUUGGAAAAGCUUGCUCACUGCUUUUUGAGUACAGGUAAAUUGUGUGUACAUGCUGCAACAGAGAGCCUUAUAGGCUCUGGAUAUUUGCAACAUGAAUAUGGUUUUGAAAGGGAUACGCAUGGCUCUUGCAUGUUCUAGAGAACAUCCUGGCUUUCCUCUCUGUGGGUGCAUAUGGACAUUCUCCCUGGCCACAUUCACACUUAAUGUGAAACUGUUGGAGCUAGGACCCUGGCAGCAUCAGAUCUCAGCUGCAAUGUCUCAUAGUGACCACUGGGGGGACAGGGUUAGGGUCAUGGAUAAAAGUGCUGGACUCCUCUCCUCUUUGUUCUUCCAGUGUUAGUCUCUAUUUUGUCUCUCCAGAGAUGGCUGUUUGUUGUGGUCUCUCUCUUCAGCCAUGAGCUACAGCUGAAAUUAAGCUGCAGGCUUAUUCACACUUGUUUGUAACCUUUUCUUUAAAUAAAUCCUUGCAGUUCUUCAGUACUAAAGAACUGUCUCAAGA